GUUCCUAAUCAGGAGCCCCCCUACCAGAGGUCGCAGAGCUACCGCGUGACCCCCGAGAGAGAUACUGUGGCCCAGAGAGCACGGAAGCCUCACCCCCCAACCGUCCGACUCAGACACCAAGUACAGCGAGCCAAUGUCCUCAUUAAGAUACAGACACCGUAUAGACAAGAUGGAAGCUCAGCUGGCCAGCUUGACUGCAUGGGUGCACAAUACCGUCAAGGCAGACAGCAGGUCUAACAGUCUAGAGAGAAAUGGCGGCCAUUCCAGCAGUGCUGUGUCUACGUCCGACAGCUCGGAGACCUUCCCUGGUUCCACAGCCAGCACGUAUAACACCAAGCGGAAGGUGACAGUAACAGGCAUGUCGGACAUCCCUACGGCAUCCAGUCAGAGUGGAACACUGACCGGCUCUGAACAGCGAGACGCCGAUCUGCGCGAGUCCAUCCUCAACAUUCGGCAGAAGGCGUCCGAGCUGAAGGGCGAGCUGCGUGGUUUACGUCGCAUGCAGCAGAUCAACAAGGAAGACAUGAUGGACACGAUCCAGAAGACCAUCGUCCACCUGAAGGAUGUGCUGCGGACAGUUCCGGGUUCCAGCAGUCAGGUGGUCCGGCGGCAGAGGUCCGAGACAGACACGGACAGACACAUGUACAUCGAGGACAAGGCCAAGAUAGCUAAAGAGCUGACUGACCUCGAGUCCAGUGUGGAGGAGUUGCGAGCAGACGUCAUAUCCCGCCAGUGUCGAGUCAACAUGACGGACGUAGAAGGAAUGGCUCUGAUACUAAGUAACGUCACCAAGUCACUGGCUGAUCUCAAAGCGAGGUAUCCAGCCCUGCAGGAGCAGCUGAAGUUGGUGAUGGCGGGGGAGAUGGAGAUUGUGGUGCAGGAGGAGAAGCUUGUGUGUUCCAGGUUCCUGAAGGAAGAACCGGAGAAGCUAGAGGCCGACCUGAAGAGAUGCAAGAAGCUGACUGGAACACUGUACACACUCAAACGACUUGCGUCAGUCCAAGAGCAUCGGCCGCCCCAGAUCCCCCCAAUCGCCUCCAACCUGAAGGAAGUAGGUGACGAGGACAGGAAGAAUGUCCUAGAAAACAUCCGAGCCAUUGUACCCAACCAUGACAGUCGUGUAGCGAAGAUUGAGGCAGCCGAGACAUCCCGUGAGAGGAAGAAGAAAAUCUCUACCCAACAGGAAGCUCUCAAGAUGGGCAAGUCUCUGGAACUGGCCUCCCGAGCCCUGCGUCCAGCAUCAGAAGGCGACGGGGAUGCGGACUUCAGGGACAACGUGGACUGCGGGCCGAGGUCAGCGCCACCACACGCAUCCAUGCCGCUGACGGAAACCACAGAGAAAAUCAGCAACGUGGGCAUGAAAUGUGAACACGAAGCAAAGAUACCAACGGAUAAAUAUGCAGCAAGAGCAGCCUUCUUUGGGGAUAUGUCUCCACCAAAAUCUCCAGAGAAGGAGGUGAACCCUUCAAGAAUGACAAUGGACUAUACUGUGAGAAUACCAUCAUCAAGUUUAACUUCUGGUUCUGGUGGAGGAUCCCAGCCCAAUAAUCUGAAUGAUACGUAUGUUGUAAAGAGUGACACCUCCCCCACGCGAUCUCAGCUGAGCAUUCCACGAGGAUCUGGUAAAUCAUCCUCCCAGCCGACAUCCCCAAGCAGCAGGAAGGGGGAAAGUUCCGACGGCAAACAGAAAAAGGUUCCUCCUCCACCUCCUCCAAGGAAAAGUAGCCGUCUGCCAACUGCAAGUAUUUCCAGUAGUUCCAAUGCAGCCAAUGGCAAUCUUAUGUCUCCAGUUCGUACUGUCUCUGUAACCUCACCAUCACCUGACAAGUCGGAGGAAGGUCAAGGUCGUGGGCCGGUAUCAUCCACGCCAAAGCCAACUCCUCCCAAGAAACCCACAUCUAAGUUCGAGAAGGAUCUCGUUGCGGGAAUAUAUGCAAAUAUGAAUCGUCCAGAUCUUCAAAGCCAGAAAGUGGCCCCUGAACGCAUAAUAAACAAAGCGAGUACGGAAGAGAAGAGAUUAUCUCGGGAAGAGCGGGGAAGCAGCAGCGAGAGCACGAGCUCAAGUGCGAGUCUGGACUCACAACAAGGGGGCGUUGUCAUGAGGCGGACAUCAGCGGAGGUCGUCCGUCGGGAGAGUACAGGGGAAAGGAAGGUCAAGCCCCCACCCCCAGAACGCCGAUCAAGUCUGCUUCAGAAGAAAGCGACAAGUCCAUCGGACGAGAAGAUAUUAGCACAGCAGAGGAUUCAGGAGGAGCAGAAAAAAGUUGGAGGAACUUGUUCGAGAAACAAACGAAAUGAUGAAAAGACAGAGUGCAAUUCAGACGACUGAGAAAACCAACAUGAACGGGAUCAACACGAAGGCUGGUGACAGAAAGUCUGGAGUGAACAGGUAGCUGGUGACGUGAGUUGACAGAUGGUGCUAUUACUACAGAUGCAAAUACCACAAGUGGUUGCCUUCAUUUUGUGCCAUUGACCUGCACUCCAGACUGGAGAUGACCAGACAGAGAUGGAGACUUGUGCGGUCAGUACCUUGACCAGCACCCAUCAGAUGUCAUGUUCCUGCAGGAACUCGGACCAUGUCCCUUCAAGUGCCAACAACCCAAUACUUGUUUGGUUAUAAGGCAUAAAGGGAAGCAACUCUUGCCAUGUUCUAAAAGUGAUACAAUGUGAUACUGGAUACAUAGGAAGGAAUAUGACCACAGCUUGUGAGGGACGUAAAUACGUCUGCCUGCUGAUGAAACAGAUCCAAGAAUGUUCAUGUGAUUGUAUCUUAAUAAGACAUCUUUGGUCUCAAAUUAAAGAACUGCAUCAAUUUUCUAUGGAUGAUUAAACUAACAGUCUUUAUUCAGAAAAUUUGUCUGAUUUGAUGAAGACACAUGUGAUUACUUGUCACAGUGAACUUGUCCUCGGAUGAAGAUGAGAGAUGAAGAAGGAAGAAAUGGAUGAAUACGGUGGCCAUCUUUGAUACUUUGGACAAUAACAUCGACGCCAUGGAUAGUGCUGUGAUUAUUGUGUCAACCCAUGGCAUUCACAACUCUUGUGUGCUUUUGAAUGCAAUAUAGCGUGAAUGCAUUUCACUAGCAUUUUUGUAGAUAGGAGCUUGAUGGUGCAAUAAGAGAAGCUAUAAGGUUAGUGACAUCUGGAGAGAUCGAGGAGCUCCAGGGGAACUCCUGUCAAAUGGAUUGACCUGCAAUAAUGUGUGGAAUCAAGAUGGACAUGCAGUGUCAUGUCCAUUGGAUUAUUUCUAGGUGUGGUUGUACGAGCAGACGGCACUGAGUGAACUCACAACACUGUCAGUGUAAACUAUACAGGCAGUCAAGAGAGACGCGUGAGGAUUGUUUGAUAAUGCCCUGUUUUGCAGGAGCAUCAGAGUCAUGAGAGCUUCGUGUCAUGGUGGUGUAGCUCCACGCAGCCGCAUGUAAAUUGAUAGGAAAAUUACGUCUGCUGAUUCCUUUGAAGGAAAUGAAGACAGUUCUUUGGAUCCGUGGCUGGAAAAAUGGAAGCUAGGAAAAUGGAAGCUAUGUCGAACAUUGGAACAUAAACCAUGGGUCGUUUGUUGGCUGCAUUUAUAGGAACAGAUUUGUUGGCAUUUAUUGGAAGCUUGACCUCAACCCUUGAUUAAGGGAUAAAUGUGUUGGAACACCAAUACUCAGUGGGUACAGACAGAUAGCGUGAUGAGGGUAUGGCUAAGUAUCUGAUAGUAUAGCUACAUAUCGGAUAAUAGGGUUGCAUAUCAGAUGUUAUUCCUGGAUAUCAAAUGGUAUAGCUACAUAUCAGAUGGUAUGGCUGGAUAUCAGAUGGUAUAGCUGGAUAUCAGAUGAUAUAUCUGCAUAUCGGAUAGUAAAGCUGGAUAUCAAAUGGUAUAGCUACAUAUCGGAUUGUAUGGCAGGAUAUCAGAUGAUAUAGCUCAAUAUCAGAUGGUAUAGCUGCAUAUAGGAUGGUAUGGCAGGAUAUCAGAUGGUAUAGCUUGAUAUCAGAUGGUAUAGCUACAUGUUGGAUAAUAUGGCUGGAUAUCAGAUGGUAUAGCUGCAUAUGGGAUUGUAUGGCAGGAUAUCAGAUGAUAUGGCUGGAUAUCAGAAGGUAUAGCCACAUAUCGGAUGGUAUGGCAGGAUAUCAGAUGGUAUAGCCACAUAUCGGAUGGUAUGGCAGGAUAUCAGAAGGUAUAGCCACAUAUCGGAUGGUAUGGCAGGAUAUCAGAAGGUAUAGCCACAUAUCGGAUGGUAUAUAUCUGAUGGUAUGGAUGCAAAUCUGAUGAUGGUAUAGGAACAUAUCUGACAGUGUAGCCACACAUCUGUAUGGAUACAUAGCUAAUGAUAUGACUUCAUAUCUAAUGAUAAGGCUACCUACCAGAGGGUACAGCUGCAUAUCCGAUAUGCUAUGUCGAAUGAAAUUAUAUUUGUUGGACUAGUGACGGUCCCAAAUGGUUGAAGUCUCUCUCAUUGGAACCCAGAAUACAAGCAAUUAUACUCUUGAAAAUGUUCCCAAUGCAUUGUGCAGGGUUAAACUGCAAAACAGGAAUAUAUAAUCCAGAUGGUAGUAUUUAAUCAAAGAAUUGUACCUUAAAGUCAUUGUGUGUCAACUAUUUGCCGAGCAAUGACAGAUGUUUGUGGUUUUCAAAUCAGUCAGGGAUCACUCACUGCAGUUGUUUGAUGUUUAAUAUCACGAAGUCGUGGUGUAGAAUCUGUUAGGAAAACUUGCAUGCAGUUGAGUUUCAGUCACGUAUUGUUACCUGUAUUGUACAUGAGAAAUGUUACAAUUCGUCCAGACUGCUUUCAAACUCAUACCUCAUACUUGUCACUUUCAAUUCUACUUUACAAGUUUUGUGGUUCAACUGUUUUCAUUUUCUCAAGUGUGAAUUUCAAAGUUGAGAGUAGAUUUGUCCAGUUGUAACACUUUGGAUAUUUAAAGCAUUUAAAGGCACCGUUUUUCCUUUCAAGUAUUUAAUUUGAAAAGUCACUUGUGUACUUUUCCCGUUUUUGUCUGUUAAACUUUAAGCUGACUGUUGCAUGUACAUACUUAGUUUUUUUACUGACGGUAGUGUGGGUAGUUCUAGAGUUCAGCUACACCAGGUGCAAUACAUUGGAUUCGUGUACAGACAUUUCAUCGAUCGCCAGAUAACGAGCUUGUCCGAUUUUUUGCAGUAGAUUCUUUGUUGCAUUGUAUAAUAAUCAAGUGAACUUUGGUUGUGAGAUUUUGAUCAUAUUUCCACAUAUUCCGAUUUGAAGAUCGGUGGAAGUAGAGACAUAUGCAAGAAUAUAUUGACCUCGGCAGCCAUCUUUGUUUCAUGUUGCUGGUUACGAAUCGCUAUUAUGCUUGUUUAAACCACCAGUAUUUUCCAUGAUUUUAGAAAAAUGGACCAGGCAAAUCAUAUUUAUUGGAAACAAAUAUUUUUAUUGGGGUUCAAUUGUAAAAUGUGGGUGUUAACUUAUUUUCAAGCUUUUCUCGAAUUCUUAAUUUGAAAUUAACAACUUGCAUGGAAACGAACGCUAACAUUCCAUCCUGCUAUACCGAGACUAUGCAAGCUCGCUGCAAAUGUUCAUCAACUUUUGAAACGUGUGUCAUCUUAAACUGCCUUAGGUUGAAUUGGAGAUUGAAAGUGGUAUGUUCUGUAGAACGUCAUGCAGGACUGAAUAAACAAUUAUCACAAA